GCCAGCCAAUCAGCGGCCCCCACGACCGGACAGCGAAGCGUGCUGCUGUGCUGCGAAGGCCGGGGCGAAAAGGGAAGCUAUGCACAGCAGUGGAAAGCAACACAUGGGAUUGCUGAGAGCUAAACCAAACAUCUGGUAAAUCAUCGCCUGACAGCCUGGGAUAUACCGAGAGAAGACCCGUGAGCUUCAAAUUCAGCCAUGGUUUCCAUCGACCAUGUAACUCACAAGAUACUGACUUACAUCCCAUAUGUUCUUGUUUUGAUUGACAUGCGAUAUGAGGGAGUGAAAUGUGGGAAGGAUGGAAGUGUCGACAAUCACAUGGAAAUGGGGAAGAAACUGCUUGCUGCUGGACAGCUGGCUGAUGCCCUCUCUCAUUUCCACGCUGCUGUGGAUGGAGACCCUAAGAACUAUUUGGCGUACUACAGGAGGGCUACGGUGUUUCUCGCAAUGGGAAAGUCAAAGUCUGCACUGCCAGACUUGAGCAGAGUCAUUGAACUCAAACCAGACUUCACAUCUGCACGUCUUCAGAGAGGAAACCUCCUUCUGAAGCAGGGAAAGCUGGACGAAGCAGAAAGUGACUUCAAGAAAGUGCUGAAAUCCAAACCCUCUCACAAAGAAGAGAAAGACGCUACGAGCCAGCUGGCGAAGUCCGAUGAACUUCAGCGGCUGGUGGCCCAGGCGCGCCGCAGCUACGGCAGCAAAGACUACAUGACAGCUGCUGCUCAGCUUGAUGCUGUAAUUGAGACCUGCAUUUGGGACGUGGCCUCUCGUGAGAUGCGAGCAGAUUGCUUUAUUCAGAUGGGAGAGAUGGAGAAAGCCAUCGGCGACCUCAAAGCUUUGUCCAAGUUGAAGAACGACAACACACAGGGUUUCUACAAGCUCAGCACCAUCUACUAUAACCUUGGAGACCACGAGAUGUCACUGAAUGAGGUGCGCGAAUGCUUGAAGCUGGACCCGGAUCACAAGCAGUGUUUCAGUCAUUACAAACAGGUCAAGAAGCUCAACAAACAAAUCCUGUCUGCAGAAGAGCUCAUCCGAGAGCAGAGGUAUGAAGACGCAGUGAGUAAAUAUGAGGACGUAAUGAAGACUGAGCCCAAUGUUCUCCAGUUCUCCCUGCUAGCCAAGGAGAGAAUCUGCCACGCACUGUCGCAGGCUCAGCAGGCGAGCAGGGCUGUCUCGGUGUGUAGCGAAGUCCUGCAGUCGGACCCUGAGAACGUGAACGUGCUGAAGGAUAGAGCUGAGGCCUAUGUUCAAGAUGAACAGUAUGAAAACGCCAUGAAAGACUAUGAGACUGCUGCAAAACACAGCGAGAAUGACCAUCAGAUCAAAGAAGGCCUGGAAAGAGCUCAGCGACUUCUCAAACAGUCACAAAGGAGGGAUUAUUAUAAGAUUCUCGGAGUGAAGAGAACUGCCCAGAAAAAAGAGAUUAUCCGUGCCUACAGGAAACUGGCCCAACAGUGGCACCCUGACAACUUCCAGGACCCGGAGGAGAAGAAAAAGGCAGAGAAGAAGUUCAUAGACAUUGCUCAGGCUAAAGAGGUUCUCACUGAUCCAGAAAUGAGAACAAAGUUCGACCACGGAGAAGACCCCAUGGAUCCUGAGAGCCAGCAAGGUCACCAUCACCCCUUCCACGGAGGUUUCCACGGCUUCCAGGGUUUCAAUCCGUUCGGCUCCGGACCCUUCAACUUUAAAUUCAACUUUAACUGAGAAGUGUUAUUAUCCAGCACCGCUGGAGUGGAUUAUUGUAUUUCCCUCCCUAUUUAAAAGGGAGAUCACUGGCAAGAAAACAUGUCAGCUCCUAACUGUCACAAAAAUGUGUAGCGAAUGGCAACUCAAACCCAUAUAUGUUGGUAAAUAAGGCAACUUCGAAUGUCGUGGGGGGGGGGUACCUAUAUCUGCCUUGUGUGAAGCAGCUUUUCUGGCAACAGUAAGUUCACUCUGAGAAUUGGAUUGUUUCUACGUGUUGCAGUCUGCGAUUCACAUCCACUCACCUAAUUAAAUUGGUUCAAAACACUAUUUUUUAUAUGAAUGGAUUUUUGCUGAAUUGUAAAUAAUAAAAAAAAGCUAUUUAUGUACAUCAA